AUGAGCAUGCAAAAUUUUUCAAACACGAUUUGGAUGGGUGAUCUUGAAUCUUAUAUGGAUGAGGUUUUCAUCAAGCGAACGCUUGAGAACCUUGGUGAGAUUGUUGUUAGCGUGAAGGUUAUCCGAAACAAGGCCACUGGGCAAAACAUGGGUUAUGGCUUCAUCGAGUUUCCAAAUGCGACUUCUGCGAGAGACUGUAUGCUCAAACUUAAUGGAAAACCCAUACCUGGUGUUCCUACCAAACGCUUCAAAUUAAACCAUGCGAGCUACGGAAAAGACAAUUCUUCAAACGAAUGUUCACUGUUUGUGGGUGAGCUGACCGAAGAUGUGGACGAUUUGGCACUGUUUAACGCGUUCAAGAAAUAUCCAACUUGUCGUUCUGCAAAAGGUGAGUUAUUUAAGUUGUUGUUCAUCUUCUUGAAUCUAGUGGUGAUGACCAACGGCAAAUCACGCGGCUAUGGUUUUGUCCGUUUCCUAACUGAAUCGGACAUGGACAAGGCAUUGAUUGAAAUGCAGAACUAUUGUGGCCUCGGAUACAAACCGAUUCGUGUCAGUUUGGCUAUCCCCAAGAGAUAUAAUGCAGAUGGCAGCGUUGCCGUAACGACGUCCAGUUCGGAAACUACAUCAUCGAUUGUCCCAAGUGGUAUGCCUGAUCCGUUCACAGCGGCGGUUGCAGCCGCUGUGACUGGAAGUUCGGCAGCCCAAGCUGAAUACUAUCAAGCUUACCAGCAGUAUUAUCAGCAGUACUAUGCGUCGCAAUAUGCUGCUCAGUUUUACGGGACUUCCAGUGCCGGUGAGGCCGGUACAACUUCCUCCGGUGGGCUAACGGCUACGGCAAGUAACCUGUCCACGACCUCGGUGAGCUCAUGUGUACCAGGAGAGUCCGUUGUGCAGCAGCAUGCCAUGUUAGAUGCGAAUGCGUCCGAACUCUACGCCCGCGCACUUGCACGUGCACAAGCGAUGUGUUCUCAGGAGUAUUCUCCAGAACCUUACGUCCUCUCCUCAGCAUUUGAUCGUCCUCGGCAUGUGGACGACUUGGAUGAGGUGUAUGGUUUUCUCGAAGCUUCUCGCUGGCACAUCACCGAUCCCUCACUUGGGCUGUUCGUCAAAAUUCACCCUUGACUAUGACAAAAAUUUUUUCCAGACAAGCAUUUCUUUGAACUUGUAACGCAUUUGUACAUACACAUUCUGACCUGAUGUUGACUGCACUUUCUUGAUCGAUUCUCAGCAAGUGGCUUUACUGUUUUGAUCCCUU